AUGUACAGGGGCUUCAGGCCAACAGUAAUACGACAUCAGUCUGACAGGUACAUGGGCUACAGUCAGACAUUAAUACGACAUCAGUCUGACAGGUACAUGGGCUACAGUCCGACAUUAAUACGACAUCAGUCUGACAGGUACAUGGGCUACAGUCCGACAUUAAUACGACAUCAGUCUGACAGGUACAUGGGCUACAGUCCGACAUUAAUACGACAUCAGUCUGACAGGUACAUGGGCUACAGUCAGACAUUAAUACGACAUCAGUCUGACAGGUACAUGGGCUACAGUCCGACAUUAAUACGACAUCAGUCUGACAGGUACAUGGGCUACAGUCCGACAUUAAUACGACAUCAGUCUGACAGGUACAUGGGCUACAGUCAGACAUUAAUACGACAUCAGUCUGACAGGUACAUGGGCUACAGUCCGACAUUAAUACGACAUCAGUCUGACAGGUACAUGGGCUACAGUCCGACAUUAAUACGACAUCAGUCUGACAGGUACAUGGGCUACAGUCCGACAUUAAUACGACAUCAGUCUGACAGGUACAUGGGCUACAGUCCGACAUUAAUACGACAUCAGUCUGACAGGUACAUGGGCUACAGUCCGACAUUAAUACGACAUCAGUCUGACAGGUACAUGGGCUACAGUCCGACAUUAAUACGACAUCAGUCUGACAGGUACAUGGGCUACAGUCCGACAUUAAUACGACAUCAGUCUGACAGGUACAUGGGCUACAGUCAGACAUUAAUACGACAUCGGUCUGACAGGUACAUGGGCUACAGUCCGACAUUAAUACGACAUCAGUCUGACAGGUACAUGGGCUACAGUCCGACAUUAAUACGACAUCAGUCUGACAGGUACAUGGGCUACAGUCCGACAUUAAUACGACAUCAGUCUGACAGGUACAUGGGCUACAGUCCGACAUUAAUACGACAUCAGUCUGACAGGUACAUGGGCUACAGUCCGACAUUAAUACGACAUCAGUCUGACAGGUACAUGGGCUACAGUCCGACAUUAAUACGACAUCAGUCUGACAGGUACAUGGGCUACAGUCCGACAUUAAUACGACAUCAGUCUGACAGGUACAUGGGCUACAGUCCGACAUUAAUACGACAUCAGUCUGACAGGUACAUGGGCUACAGUCCGACAUUAAUACGACAUCAGUCUGACAGGUACAUGGGCUACAGUCCGACAUUAAUACGACAUCAGUCUGACAGGUACAUGGGCUACAGUCCGACAUUAAUACGACAUCAGUCUGACAGGUACAUGGGCUACAGUCCGACAUUAAUACGACAUCAGUCUGACAGGUACAUGGGCUACAGUCAGACAUUAAUACGACAUCAGUCUGACAGGUACAUGGGCUACAGUCCGACAUUAAUACGACAUCAGUCUGACAGGUACAUGGGCUACAGUCCGACAUUAAUACGACAUCAGUCUGACAGGUACAUGGGCUACAGUCCGACAUUAAUACGACAUCAGUCUGACAGGUACAUGGGCUACAGUCCGACAUUAAUACGACAUCAGUCUGACAGGUACAUGGGCUACAGUCCGACAUUAAUACGACAUCAGUCUGACAGGUACAUGGGCUACAGUCCGACAUUAAUACGACAUCAGUCUGACAGGUACAUGGGCUACAGUCCGACAUUAAUACGACAUCAGUCUGACAGGUACAUGGGCUACAGUCCGACAUUAAUACGACAUCAGUCUGACAGGUACAUGGGCUACAGUCCGACAUUAAUACGACAUCAGUCUGACAGGUACAUGGGCUACAGUCCGACAUUAAUACGACAUCAGUCUGACAGGUACAUGGGCUACAGUCCGACAUUAAUACGACAUCAGUCUGACAGGUACAUGGGCUACAGUCCGACAUUAAUACGACAUCAGUCUGACAGGUACAUGGGCUACAGUCCGACAUUAAUACGACAUCAGUCUGACAGGUACAUGGGCUACAGUCCGACAUUAAUACGACAUCAGUCUGACAGGUACAUGGGCUACAGUCCGACAUUAAUACGACAUCAGUCUGACAGGUACAUGGGCUACAGUCCGACAUUAAUACGACAUCAGUCUGACAGGUACAUGGGCUACAGUCAGACAUUAAUACGACAUCAGUCUGACAGGUACAUGGGCUACAGUCCGACAUUAAUACGACAUCAGUCUGACAGGUACAUGGGCUACAGUCCGACAUUAAUACGACAUCAGUCUGACAGGUACAUGGGCUACAGUCCGACAUUAAUACGACAUCAGUCUGACAGGUACAUGGGCUACAGUCCGACAUUAAUACGACAUCAGUCUGACAGGUACAUGGGCUACAGUCCGACAUUAAUACGACAUCAGUCUGACAGGUACAUGGGCUACAGUCCGACAUUAAUACGACAUCAGUCUGACAGGUACAUGGGCUACAGUCCGACAUUAAUACGACAUCAGUCUGACAGGUACAUGGGCAACAGUCCGACAUUAAUACGACAUCAGUCUGACAGGUACAUGGGCUACAGUCCGACAUUAAUACGACAUCAGUCUGACAGGUACAUGGGCUACAGUCCGACAUUAAUACGACAUCAGUCUGACAGGUACAUGGGCUACAGUCCGACAUUAAUACGACAUCAGUCUGACAGGUACAUGGGCUACAGUCCGACAUUAAUACGACAUCAGUCUGACAGGUACAUGGGCUACAGUCCGACAUUAAUACGACAUCAGUCUGACAGGUACAUGGGCUACAGUCCGACAUUAAUACGACAUCAGUCUGACAGGUACAUGGGCUACAGUCCGACAAGGACAGUAGCAAGCAUUCGACACAACCAUCGACCGUGCCUACAUAGGCCUACUGCAUCCAACAUAAGAUAA